AUGGCAGUCACAUCUCCGCGGAAUUUUGCAGUGCUGGGGUUAUUGUUGGGAAUCACUACCCACUGGGGGUAUUUUAUUCGCGGUGAGCAUCAUAUGGCCGGGCCUGGAAUACUUGCCGCUUCCUUUGCUGGCCCGCUCAUCAUAUUGAAUGUCCUCCUCCACUUUGCGAACGUUUCUUCGUAUCAUGAAGCCGGAGUACUCACAGCGAUUGUGACAGGAGCAUAUGUGUCUGGUUUGAUUUCCAGCAUCGUUACGUACAGACUACUUUUCCACAGACUCGGAAAGUUCCCAGGGCCAUUCUAUCUCAGGAUCACAAAGUGGAAUCAUACUUGGCUCUUAAUUUUCAAGGGAGCAAGAAACUACCAGAUAGUAGAUGAGUGGCAUGCGAAAUAUGGAAGCAUCGUAAGGACUGGGCCGAACGAGCUGUCUAUUACCAAUCCUGAAGCAGUUGCUCAUAUUCUUGGAUCAACCUCCAGGUGUAAAAAAACGGGCUGGUACGAUUGUAUCAACAAACCCAACAAAUCUCUUAAUCUUGAAAGAGAUCGUGUUGUCCACGAUGCUCGGAGGAAGAUUUGGGAUCGUGGAUUCAGUACCAAAGCACUUCGCGGUUAUGAGGGUAGGGUCCGAAAGUAUACAGAUCAACUCGUAUCCCAGCUUAACGCCAACGCUGGAAAGCCGAUUAAUGCUUGCAAGUGGUUCAACUAUUUCGCUUUUGACAUAAUGGGAGAUAUGGCGUUCGGACAAUCAUUUGGUAUGGUAGAGUCAGGAAAAGAGCAUUCCUUGAUAAGCAUCAUGAACAAAGCCAUGGCGGCAUUGGGGCCUCUUACACCGAUAAUCUGGAUCCUCCCAAUUCUCAAAGCUAUUCCGGGAAUGGCGAAGCCGACAUGGGCCUUCAUCAAUUAUAAUCAAGAUCAAGUUGCGAAGAGAAAAAUGUAUGAACCUGAGUCUCCAGAUUUGUUCAGCUAUUUUAUCGAUGCUGAGAAGAACGAUAAGAAUCCUAUGCAUAGAGACCUGAGGUGGCUAGUCGGUGAUGUUGGGGUCAUCAUAGUUGCGGGUAGCGAUACUACCACGUCGACACUUGCAUACAUAUUCUAUCACUUGGCUCAAUCACCACAUAUACUCAGAAAACUACGAGAUGAACUUGAUGCGUUCUACAAGCCGGGAUCUGAAUCGGAAUUCAAAGAUCUCCAAGAGGCCGUUUAUCUCAAUGGUGUGAUCAACGAAUCCUUACGCUUGCAUCCUCCCACUCCGAGCGGCCUCCAGCGGCUCACUCCCAGCGAAGGAAUGAUGAUCGGCUCAACUUUUAUACCUGGAAGAGUUACAGUUUCAACCCCAUUCUGGACUCUUGGAAGACUCGAAGCCUGUUAUAAACAUGCUAAAGAAUUCAUUCCAGAGCGGUGGGGCUCAGAAGCCCACAUGGUCAUUGAUAAAUCUGUGUUCUUACCUUUCUCAACCGGCCCGUAUGGCUGUGUGGGGAAACAACUUGCGUUGAUGGAACUUCGUUCUGUUACAGCACGUAUUGUCUCGGAAUUUGACGUCAACUUUGCGCCUGGUGAGGAUGGAAGUGAUUUGCUGGAGAAGUCCAAGGAUAUCUUUACCCUCGCGCUUGCUCCUCUGAAAUUGAUUUUUACCAGAAGAGAAGGGUGA